GUUGACAUUCGCAAACAGCGAAGAUACGUUAUUUUUGGGGCCUUUUGAGGGAAUGGUCUCCUACAAUUUAAUUUCCCAAAUCAACCCGAAGCUGCCUCUUCAAAUUAGGGUUUCAAGCGGGCCGAGAGAACAGUCAUAGGCUUUGAAUCUCCGAAUUCCUGAAUCUAUCUCGGUCCGUCUCAAUUCUAGGAUUUUUGUCAGUCGCGAUUUUACUGAGCGCUGUACUUUGGCUUAAUUGAUUGUGAUUUUCAUCAAUUUGCGUGUUGUUCUAUGAAUUUUCCGAAUCUUAAUUGGGAAAAAAGUUAAUUAUUUGCAUCCUGAGUUAAGGUUUUGUCCAUCGCGAUCCCCUGAAGCCAGCGUUUUCGCUUGAUGAAAUGUGAAUUUGAUCAAUUCGCUUCUUGUUAUGUGCUCCGAUGUCUCUCAUGCGAGGAAUUUCUGAUAUAACAGAGCUCCAUUGACGAAGCAAAAUGAAAUCUACGAAGAAGAAGAAGAAACGGUCACGAGCUCCGAAUCCAGUGUGUAAAAAAGUUCCCGUCGGCGAAGAAGAUGAGGAAAGCAGAGCUCUUAAUGCAUUGAUGGAGGCGUUCUCCUCAGCUUCUCUUGAAGAAGCUGUUUUGGCCUACAGAGAGGCGAAGGGAGAUGCGAACAAAGCUGCUGAGAUUUUAGGAGGCUUCGUGGAUAACGCAGAAGAUCCCAUGAUGAUCUCGAGUUCAAGCGGAAGUUCGAGUUCGUGUUCUGGAAUGAGUGCAGUAGAGGGCAUUAGCAGGUCCAAUUUUGGGGAGGAUGAGGUUCAGAUGAAGGGUGGUGUUGUGGGGAGGAAGCCGAAGAGGGUAGUUGCUGCAACAGGGAUAGUUUCCUCAUUUUUGGGGAAAGAUUAUGUGAGAAGGGAUCGGCUGAAGCAGAAGGGGCAUAAUAAUGAACCUGUAAACAAAGAAGAUAUAGAGCAGUUUUUGUGUUCAAUGCUCGGGAAUGAGUUUGAGCUGACCUUAGCUGUUGUUAGAGAUGUGCUAUGCCAUUGUGGAUAUGAUGCUGAGAAGGCCUUGGAUGCAUUGCUUAAAUUGUGUGCUCCGCCGUACGGGUUAUCCAAGAAUGACAGAUGUUGUAACCAUGGUGCUAACAAUAAAGAAGACACAAGAUUCCUUUUUGAAUGCAGUCAGAAUUUUCCAGAUGGAGCAUCUGAUUCAACUUCUCUUUCAUCUAAAAGUGAGAUUCUGGAUAGUGUGCACUCCAUAGGCUAUGGUUGCAGAAAUUAUUCAGAGGUUCUUUCUAGUUCAAAAGCAAGCUGUCCAGCUAGUGAAAGAAGUAGCAAGUCAGAUCUUUCUGAGACAGUGCUGCAAUCUUUAUUUAAUAUCCCCAAGAGUUCUGAACAUGAACCGAACACCAUGAAUUGGAGGAACGCAGUGAAGAAAAUGGAGUCACUGGGACAUGGAAUUAAUUAUUUUCCUCCUGCCAUUACAGAAUCAUGGCAGCAUACCUAUGCUAAAGGAGAUGAGUAUCAAGUGUUUAGAAAAGAUGCAAAGCAGCACUGGGAUUCAAUGAGAUCAUGCUAUCAAAAAGCUGCAGCAGCAUAUUCAAAUGGGGAUUGCCAGGUUGCAGCUUAUCUUUCUGAGCAGGGGAAAUUCCACAAUAAGAUGGCUCGGGAGGCAGAUGAAAAGGCAAGCCGAGAGAUAUUUAUGGCUAGAAACAAGGGCAUAGAAAAUGUGAUCACAAUUGAUAUGCACGGGCAACACAUCAAACAAGCAAUAAGGCUUUUGAAAGUUCACCUUCUGUUUGGAACAUAUGUACCCUCUGUUCAGUGCCUCAGGGUCAUUACAGGAUGUGGGACACAUGGUGUUGGGAAGUCAAAAGUGAAACAAUCAGUCAUUGACCUUCUGCAAAAGGAAGGCAUUGAAUGGAGGGAAGAGAACCCAGGUUCACUGCUAAUUAAGCUUGAUGGUCAGAGAGAGUUAAGCUUCCUUGAUUCCGAGGAUGAUAGUGAAUAGUUGGGAUUUGGCAUGGUUGCUGAUUCAGAUCUAAUAAUGAUUAGCUACCCAUUGCCAAAGACCUCAAAUGAGCAAAAUCACCUCCUUUGAUCCUUCUGGUCAAACCUCUUAGUCUUUAACAAUGUUAGAGAGCAGUGUAGGGUUGAAGGUCAGAUAUUAAUGUAUUUAUUUAUGUCCAAGUCCUUCCCCAAGUAGGGCGUAGUCGAGGUCCACAGCAUCAAUAGGUUGUGGGCUGAAGAAUUCCAGCCUUUGUACCAUUUGUACCAUAUGUUAAGGGUUCAGGUUUUUUUUUUUAUUAUUAUUAUUAUUGUUUGAUAAGAGUUAACAUUUUCUGACAAUAUAUAAAUAAUAAUUUAUUUAAGAACAUUGUUAU